AUGUCUGUCGCAGAUGUGGCACUGGAUAAUGAUGAAAUUGAUAGCCUGCCCCGUGCGUGCAUUGACGUAGCAGGAGGUCAGGCCAGGCAUGUGGUGACCAUGUAUAACGGUAUGGAGGUGUUGUGUGACACGGAGACAGAAAGUGGAGGCUGGAUCGUGUUUCAGAGGCGAACUUCGAGAAACGUGUCGUUUUACCAUAACUGGGCCAGUUACAAGUACGGCUUUGGCGAUCUGACCGGGGACUUUUGGCUAGGCUUGGAGAAAGUGCACAAGCUCACCGCAAAUAAAAGACACGAGAUGAGGUUGGACUUUAUCACUAAAAAUACCAGCUACUACGCCAGUUACGACCGGUUCAGAGUGUUGGGAAACAAGGAAAACUACACCAUCUUUGUUUCCGGAUAUUGGGGUAACGCUGUUGACCACAUGUCCGGCGUCAGCGGUCAAGCAUUCUCUGCCAAUGACAGGGACAACGACCUGAAUAAAAAUGUCCACUGCGCGGACCAGUACCACGCAGGAUGGUGGUAUACCACAUCAUGUAACUUGGUCAACCCGAACGGACGCUGGGCCACCCACGUCAACAAAGCUGACGGCUUGGAUUGGUCUGGCUAUUCCGACCCAAUCACCUUCGUGGAAAUGAAAAUUCGCCCCGUCGAUAACCACGAAAUGUGCCCCCUCUAUUUCGAAUACUGAUUGUUUUGUUCGGAAUUUGUUUUAAGGUUUGCUAGUUUUGUUUUAUUAUUUGUUUUAUUGUUUGUUUGCUUUUGUU